AUGUCUGGCAAGAAGGUUCUCGUCGUGCUGACCUCCCAUGGCAAGAUGGAGGCAGACGGAGUAGUGAAGCCCACGGGAUGGUAUCUGCCCGAGUUCUCCCACCCCUACGACGUCCUGGUCGAGGCCGGCCACGAGAUCACCGUGGCCUCGCCCGCGGGCGGCAAGGCGCCCCUCGACCCGGCCUCCGUCGAGAUGUUCAAGGAGGACGCCGCGGCCCAGGCCUUUUUCAAGAACCAGACCAAGCUGUGGGAGCAGACGGCCAAGCUGUCCGACGUGGCCCCCGGCGCGGCGCAAAAGUUCGACGCCCUCUUCUACCCGGGCGGCCACGGCCCCAUGUUCGACCUGGUCGGCGACGCCACCUCGCAGGCGCUCAUCGCCGACUUCUGGGCCGCCGGCAAGCCCGUGGCCGCCGUGUGCCACGGACCCAUCGUCUUCGUCAACGUCAAGCUGCCCGACGGCACGCACCUGCUCAAGGGCAGGACCGCCACGGGCUUCACCAACGCCGAGGAGGAGAUUGUGCAGCUCGUCAAGUUCAUGCCCGAGCUGCUCGAGGACGACAUGAAGAAGGCCGGCGCCAUCUUUGUAAAGGCCGACGAGCCGUGGGGCGAGAAGAUCGUCGUGGACGGGAACCUCAUCACGGGCCAGAACCCAGCCAGCGCCAAGGCCGUUGGCGAGGCCAUCGUCAAGGCGCUGGCGUGA